GUUUCCACAGGUGGUGAAAGCAGUGAAAAUGAACAGAAAUCCUAGUCCCAGAAUGACAACGUUGUAAAUCCUGAGGUCUGCCAUGAUUAUAUUAUUCUUGCUCCACCUCUUGGUAGAUGUCCCAGGUCGCUACACAACACUCAGUGCAAUGAGGAAGUGAAGAAGUCGUAAUGGAAACUGAAGCCACGUUGAAAGAGCCACAACCACUGUGUGAAAUUGUUGGCAAAGGGAAUGCUGAAGUAUUGGAAACUGUGUCUCGGACAGAUAAUGCCGGGGAAAGCUCUUCAACUCAGGACCCUACUGUCAGCAAUGGAGAUGACAGUGAUGAAGGAAAGGAGAUGGUGGAUCUAAAGAUUAUUUGGAACAAGAAUAAGUAUGAUCUCAAAAUUCCUUUAGAUGGCACUGGAGCCAAACUGAAAGAGCGAAUCCAUUCACUCACUGGUCUUCCACCUGCUAUGCAGAAAGUGAUGUACAAAGGCCUACUACCAGAAGAUAAGACGCUACGUGAAAUUAAAGUUACAAAUGGUGCAAAAAUAAUGGUGGUUGGAUCUACAAUAAAUGAUGUACUAGCUGUAAAUACUCCAAAAGAGGUUAUUCAGCAGGAAGUUAAAGCUGAAGAAAACAAAAAGGAACCUUUGUGUCGGCAAAAACAACACAGAAAGGUGUUGGACAAAGGCAAACCAGAGGACAUAAUGCCAUCUGUUAAAGGAACAAAGGAACGCUUACCAACAGUGCCUUUAGCCGGAAUGUACAACAAAUCUGGUGGAAAAGUUCGUCUCACCUUCAAACUGGAACAAGAUCAACUGUGGAUUGGAACUAAAGAGAGAACAGAGAAAAUUCCAAUGGGCUCCAUCAAACAUGUGGUGACUGAACCCAUUGAAGGCCAUGAGGAUUAUCACAUGAUGGCGUUUCAGUUGGGUCCAACAGAAGCCUCUCAGUAUUGGGUCUACUGGGUGCCAAUUCAGUUUGUUGAUGCAAUCAAAGACACAGUCCUUGGAAAGUGGCAGUAUUUCUAAUGUGCCUCUAUUAUUGACAUUGAAGAACUGUGAUCUAGAACAGGAACAUAUGAAAAUGGGGAUCUGGAGACAACAAGGAGUCCUAAGGAACUUAACAUUGAAGCAUAUUAGAGAAGCAAACUGAAGGAUGCAUAAGGACUAACCAUAUUAUUUGGGGUUUCAAGUGCACUAUGAGGCAGCAUCAUAUCCCUCAGCCCAGUUCACCAUUCAUUUUUUUGCGCAACCCCAAGGGAAAACAAUAAAACUAAAUGUACAGAGAUUGCUGAUGCAUUUCUCAGUUAUUCUUAAAGUAAUAAAAUAUAUUUAAGAAAAAACAAAAAA